GUUUAAUUGAAUGUACCCAAAAAAAUACAUAAAAGUGAAGAAAAAAAUGUUUAAAUAAUUAAUUAAAUUUCGUGAUAAUUAACAUAUACUGUGACAUUAAUUCCUGUGUGUGUAUGUGUGCGAAAUGGGUGAGGAAAAACUUUGCGACGAUUAAUCGAGCAUAAUUAAGCUUUAAGGCAGGAAUAUUUGAUAGCAUGUAUAAUUAGAUUUUACUUCCAUUUCCAUGCUGAUGCUGCUGCUGCUCUCUUCAUGAUUAAGUCAAUCUGUGGUGCUGGCAUUUAAUUGAGAACAAACCGAGAGGGUGUGAGUUCAUCAGUGCAUAGCAACAGCCGUAGUACCGGAAACAAUAAAACUAUACUAGACACAGACACAGCAAGCAACAACAUCCACUAUGACAAUUAUGACAUCAAAUAAUUAUUCCAAUUUCACAUCGACUUCAAAUCACAGUGAAAAUGGAGAUGACUGCGAGAAACAUGAGGCGAUAAUGUAUGAAAGUAUAUUUGGUAUAUCGCUAGCGAUGCCUCAGUGGGAGGCUAUAGGAACAGCUGUAAUUCUGUCUUUCAUAAUUAUCAUUACAAUUGUUGGAAAUGUACUUGUUAUAUUAUCCGUUUUUACAUACAAGCCGCUACGUAUUGUCCAAAACUUUUUCAUUGUAUCAUUAGCCGUGGCGGACUUGACAGUUGCCAUUUUAGUGUUACCUUUAAAUGUUGCUUAUUCAAUUCGUGGACGGUGGGAUUUUGGUAUACACAUUUGUAAAAUGUGGCUUACGAGUGAUGUAUUAUGCUGUACGGCCUCAAUAUUGAAUCUCUGUGCCAUUGCUUUAGAUAGAUAUUGGGCGAUAACAGAUCCCAUAAAUUACGCACAAAAGCGAACGGUAGAACGUGUACUAAUAUUAAUCAUCGGUGUAUGGCUGUUAUCGUUGCUUAUCAGUUCACCACCUCUCCUUGGCUGGAAUGAUUGGCCUGAUCAUUUCGACAUAACAACACCAUGCAUGCUUACACAAAAAAGAAGUUAUGUAAUAUACUCCAGUCUUGGCUCAUUCUUCAUUCCACUCAUAAUUAUGACAAUUGUAUACAUCGAAAUAUUUGUUGCAACACGUAGACGAUUAAGAGAACGUGCACAAGCAUCGAAAAUUAAUGCAAUGGCACUAAAAAGUAAUAUAGCAGCUAAAACAAUUGAGCAAACAACAAACAAUUCAGGCUCGGGUGGUGAUCGUGAACGUGAAUCAAUAAGUAGUGAGCUUAAUCACAACGAAGGACAUAUGGAUGAUGGCAAUGGAAUUAUUUUAAAUUCAAAAGAUAAGAAGCGUAAGAAGAAAAAAGAUAAAAAGAAAAUGACAAAAGAUUCCGUCAAGGAUCAUAAGAAGGAUAAGCAAAAGAGUGCUCAAAUGUUGACAAUUUCAAAUGAAAAUUCCGUUACUGAUGUACACGAUAAUGACAAUGAAAAUAAUCAGCACGGGAAUACUGAUCUGAGAACAUCUGUGAUUGAAAUCGAUAAAAAUAAUAGCAAGUUGUGUGAGGUGGCGACUAUGAUAAAUAAUAACAAUAACAAUUCAAUGUGCCAUAAAAAGUCUGGUGCUGUUUAUCAGUUUAUAGAAGAGAAGCAGAAAAUCUCGUUGAGUAAGGAGAGAAGAGCUGCAAGGACAUUAGGAAUUAUUAUGGGAGUUUUCGUUGUGUGCUGGCUUCCAUUCUUCCUCAUGUAUGUAAUUGUUCCAUUUUGUGCUUCAUGCUGUCCAUCCGAUAAGCUUGUAAAUUUUAUAACAUGGCUUGGGUACAUCAACUCAGCACUCAAUCCCGUCAUAUACACGAUAUUCAAUAUAGAAUAUAGGAGAGCAUUCAAGAAGCUCCUCGGCAUUCGAGCAUAAUGGAUGCUGCGGAAAUUGUAUUAUCGAACAGUAGGAAGGAUAAAUAAAUUAACGUUUGUUAAUGGUAGAAGACAAUUUUAUUUUUAUUUUUAUUUUUUUCAAUCACUUUUCUGUUCUGGUUCUAUAGCCGUAAUUAAGGGAUGUUAUUGGAUGAUUGAAUUGAUUAAAAAGGGUGUGAUGACUUUGUAAGAUGGGAAUAAAAAAAAAAUGGAAUUUUAUAGUCUUAAAAUUAUGAACCGGAAGAAUUUUUUAUAAGGAUGGAAAUCCAUUGUGUUAUGUAAUAAAUGACAAAAGAAAAUUAACAAAAAAAAUAUUGAAAACGUG